AUGUUUUUACAAAAAAAAAACAGCAAAGAAUAUAUAUAUAAUGUUACAUAUAUAGUUUGUAAAAGAUGGUUCAAUGAAAGACAUAGAAUUCUAUAUUUUAAUACUGAUCAUCAUUCAACCAUCAUCGAUGAAAUUCUCUCGUCAUGUUUUGAAUACAAAGUUUGUCAAAAGAUUUAUAAACAGAUAGUGAUGAAUUUGGAUCCAAAUAAUAAUAAUAAAUUUGUUAAUUUAUCACAACUAUUGGUAUCAAAGAUAGUUCAUUGUUUAGAUGAUCAUUUAGAUAAGAUUGUUUUUACAUUGGUUUGUAAAAGAUGGUUCAAUGAAAGACAUAGAAUUCUAUAUUUUAAUACUGAUCAUCAUUUAAGAAUCAUAGAUGAAAGAUACAAACCUUUUAUUCAUUUAAAUUCAUACAAAUCAACAAUCAUUGAUCAGAUCAAUAGAAAGAAUAACUGUAAUGCCAUUUAUAGUUGUGUAUCACAGAGACAUCAUGACUAUCUAAUAAAUCCAGAAAAACUUGAUGAUAUCGAUAUCGAUAGAUAUAAAUCGUUAAACAUUGAUGAACUUACUAUUGGUGUAGUUCCAGACAAUUUGGAUGAAGUGAAGAAGCUAUAUCAAUUGGUGUCCGAUAUUAACAUACCAAAGUUAACUCGAGUCCCAACCUAUCGUCUAUUGCCAGAGAAUGUUCGAUCGAUAUCAUUCUAUGAUCAGUUUGACGUCCAAUUAGAACCUGGAUGUUUUCCACCGAAUUUGGAAAAAAUCAUCUUUAGUAACAAUUUUAAUCAACCAAUCAGAGCAGGUGUUCUUCCAAAUGGAUUGAUUAAAUUGGUUUUCCAAGAGUCAUUCGAUCAACCAAUUGAACCAGGUGUAUUACCGGCAUCUCUGAAAGUUCUAAGAUUGGUUAAAACAGGAACUCUCUACAAUCACACAUUUAUAGUUGGAUCACUGCCACCAAAUCUCAAAGAACUAGAGCUGGGGGGAAACGAUUCACCGAUAGAUAAUGGAGUAUUACCACUAUCACUUCAAACUCUGAGAAAUGUACCGCUUUCUUGGAUGCCAGCAAUUAAAUCACUUACAAAUCUAAAGACAUUAUCAUUCUAUGAAUUCAAGUAUGAAGAUGACGAUGAUGAACAAUUAGAAGAAGUUGUCCAAGUGGUUGGUCAAUUAGAUCUGAGUUGUCUCCCACCUUCACUCACCAGUUUAACAGUCUUUGGUGAUGCUAAAUUGAUCAAUGUGCUUCCAACUUCCACUAGAUACCUUGAUUUGGAUGGAUGCGAAUAUGAUAUCAAUUCAAUAUUCAAAGAUCGAUCACAAUAUCAACUCGAUUAUCUAAAGUUAAAUAUUAGCAGAGCAUCAUCACUCCGUGGCUUGAACAUCAAACAUUUGGAAAUCGAUAUGCAACCAGAAAUUGAAAAGGAAGUUGAAGAAGGGACAGAAGCAAAGAGUAAUGCUGGUUUACCAUCAUUGGAUAUUCCACUUAGCGUUGAAACACUAUCUAUUCAUUUGAAUAAGAAAAUAGAACUUAAACAACAGAUACCAAGUUCUGUUAAAAAGUUGAUUGUUUAUGGUGAUAUCGAUGGUAUCAAGGAUCUUCAGCACAAUAAUGACAUGUCAAUUCAAGAGUUGGUCGUCAACUUUAAUGUUAGUAGAUUUGAUCGUAGGAGACAAUCAAAUGCUAUUCCAGAGAUCAACUAUCCAUCAAACACUCUAUUUAUACUCAGUUGCCUUGGAGAUGAAAAGAUCUUUAUUCGAAUGAUAGAUGAUUUACACUACCUUGUAUUCAGUCAAACACCGAUCAUGACAGCCAUUGUUCAUCAAUCACAACUUCAAAAAUACCUAUUGAACACUAUUGGAAAGUACCAAAGAUUUAGAGAACCAACAUUUGCAUUCUCUGCUUUAAGAAGAGAUUUCAAUGUACCAUUUUUAUAA